AUGCUGAUCUUACACAACAGACUCACUAAAAAAUCAUCUUUGUUUGUUGUUCGAUCACCAUCGUUGAGAAAGUUAACAAUGGAACUCCUUUCUCCUCAUAGAAUACAACUAUCCAUAUUUCCCAUUGUUGUUGUGUUGCUUUCUACGAUUGCAUGGCCAGCUUCAGCUGCAAAUUCAGCUAACAACACUUUUCUCCAUUGCCUUAUAAACCAUUCAGAUCCCUCUCACCCCAUAACUCCAGCAAUUUUUACACCAAACAACGCCUCAUUCUCUUCAGUUUUGGACGCAUACGUCAGAAACCUUCGUUUCAACACCUCCACAACCCGGAAGCCAUUGCUUAUAGUAACUGCAUUGCAUGUAUCCCAUAUACAAGCAUCCAUUAUUUGUGCGCAGAAGUACAACUUGCAAAUGAGAAUCCGAAGUGGAGGCCAUGACUAUGAGGGCUUGUCCUACGUGGCUGAGGUCCCCUUCUUCAUCCUUGACAUGUUCAAUCUUCGGACCAUUGAGGUUGACAUAGCCAACGAGUCCGCUUGGGUCCAAGCUGGUACAACGCUUGGUGAGGUUUAUUACAGUAUUGCUAAUAAGAGUAAAAUUCAUGGUUUUCCAGCAGGGGUUGGUCCCACUGUUGGGGUAGGAGGCCACAUAAGUGGUGCUGGGUAUGGAAAUAUGAUUAGAAAAUAUGGUCUCUCGGUGGAUAAUGUUGUUGAUGCACAAAUGGUUGAUGUUCAAGGUAGAUUGCUUGGUAGAAAAUCUAUGGGUGAAGAUCUCUUUUGGGCCAUCACAGGUGGUGGUGGAUCUAGCUUUGGUGUGGUCCUUGCCUACAAAUUAAAGUUAGUUCGAGUUCCUGAAACAGUCACUGUUUUCCAAGUUAGUAGGACCUUGGAGCAAAACGCCACCGAUAUUGUCUAUAGCUGGCAGCAUGUUGCACCAACUAUCGACAACAACCUUUUCAUUAGACUUAUCUUGGACGUUGUAAACGGUACACAAAGUGGAACAAAGACUGUAAGAGCUUCUUUCAUAGCUCAAUACCUCGGUGACUCCAAAAGCCUUGUUUCUCUCUUGAAUGAGAAGUUCCCUCUACUGGGUUUGAAGCAAUCUGACUGCAUCGAGACAAGCUGGCUUCGUUCGGUGCUGUUUUGGACAAACAUCAACAUUACAGCGCCUGUUGAGAUUUUGCUUGAUAGACAGCCACAAUCACCUGUCAACUUCUUGAAAAGGAAAUCUGACUAUGUACAGAAAACAAUUUCCAAAGAGGGUUUUGAAGGGAUUUGGAAGAAGAUGAUCGAGUUGGAGGAUAUACUGUUUCAAUUCAAUCCUUAUGGUGGAAUAAUGGAUGAAAUUCCAUCAACAGCAAAACCUUUCCCUCAUCGAGCAGGGAACAUAUGGAAGAUUCAAUACCAAGCGAAUUGGAAUCGGCCAGGGAAAGAGGUAACAGAUCACUACAUAAAUUUGACAAGAGAACUUCACAAGUACAUGACUCCUUUUGUCUCCAAGAAUCCAAGAGAGGCUUUCUACAAUUAUCAGGACCUUGACUUGGGAAUUAACCACAAUGGUAACAACAACUAUGCUGAAGGAAGUGUUUACGGAGUGGAGUAUUUCAAGGAUAACUUCAACAGGUUGGUUGAAAUAAAGACCAAGGUUGAUCCUGAUAAUUUCUUUAGGAACGAGCAAAGCAUCCCUACACUGCCAAAUCUGAAUAGUUAUCAGUCUUACUAA